CGUAAUACACCUACUUCGCCUUUUCUUGACCUUCCGCUUCACGACUAGUCUGGUCUUGUUGAACGUAGGCAAAAGUUAUCUACCUUAUAACUUCUUCUAGUUUUGAAAUUCAUUUUAAUUGAAUAAAAUUCAAGAUGUACGCUUUAACUCCAUGCUUCAGAGCCAUGAUGACCUCUGCUGUUCGAUCAUCAGUGAGGCCUCUUAGUGCUACUGUGAGCACAUUGAGAGUGCCGGAGGAGCGGCCAUUUGUCGUGCAGCCAUCUAAAGUUUUGCCUAAAAUCACAUUUUCCUCGUCUCUAAUUUCUCAGCUGCCCCGAGCUCUUCAUACUAGUGCAGUUCAAAGGGAUAUUGAUUCUGCAGCUAAAUUUAUCGGAGCUGGAGCUGCUACAGUCGGUGUUGCCGGAUCAGGAGCCGGUAUUGGAUCAGUUUUCGGAAGCCUAAUUGUAGGUUACGCCAGAAAUCCAUCUCUGAAACAACAACUCUUCUCAUAUGCUAUCUUAGGAUUUGCCUUAUCCGAAGCCAUGGGUCUCUUCUGUCUCAUGAUGGCCUUCUUGCUACUAUUCGCAUUCUAAACUAACUCUAUUAGAAUCAUUUAAUUUCUGAAUUAGUUCAGGACUGUCUAAUCACAGCUAUAGCUCAUUAUCUGUAAUUGGUACAAAAUUAAAUUUGUUUUAUACCUA